GGUGUGCUAAUGUUUACAACCGUUGGGCUGUCAAUAAUUUUAUCGUAAAAACCGAAAUUUUGUCGAUAUUUCGGCAGCAUAUGAUAAGACAAGAAUCCAGUGGCGCGAACUAAAUGACCACUCCUGGCAUUCGGGUUUUUGAUAACUGUGAGUCAUCUGGUUGCUCCCGCCUCAUUGUGUCACAUCAGACACAUCAGAGUUGGCAUCUGGAGAGAACGUCUCAGUUUGUGCAUUUGGCUGGUAAUCAGUGUCCUGAUGGAGUGGGUGUUCAUCAUGAACCGGAUGAGCUCUCAGGGUAGCUCUGCUGCCCAGCGGAGGCGGAUGGCCCUUGGAGUAGUGAUUCUCCUGCUGGUGGAUGUCAUCUGGGUAGCCUCCUCUGAGCUAACCUCAUACAUUUUUAAGCGACAGGAGUACAACAAACCCUUCUUCAGCACGUUCACCAAGACUUCCAUGUUUGUUCUCUACUUGCUGGGCUUCCUGCUGUGGCGGCCCUGGAGGCAGCAGUGCACUGGCACUCUGAAACGGCGCCACUCUGCGUUCUUUGCCGAUGCUGAGGCCUACUUUGCACCCUGCACCACUGACACCACCGUGAACAACUGUUUGAGCGAACCACUGUAUGUUCCAGUGAAGUUCCAGGAUGUACCUGCUGAGCACUCAAACUGUUUAAUCGGAGACUGUGAAUCUUCAGCUUCCAAAAAGCAGCGGGUGCGUUUCAGCAACAUCAUGGAGGUGCGUCAGCUGCCCUCGACUCAAGCCCUGGACGCCAAACUGUCCCGCAUGUCCUACCCAGCUGCAAAGGACCAUGAGGCCAUGUUGCGCACAGUGGGCAAGCUAACCAUCACUGAUGUGGCCAAAAUCAGCUUCUUCUUCUGCUUUGUGUGGUUCCUGGCUAACCUGUCCUAUCAGGAGGCCCUGUCUGACACGCAGGUCGCCAUCGUCAACAUCCUGUCGUCCACCUCAGGCCUGUUCACGCUCAUCUUAGCAGCCAUAUUUCCCAGCAACAGCAGCGACCGUUUCACCUUGUCCAAACUGUUGGCUGUGGCUCUGAGCAUGGGAGGUGUUACCCUGGUGAGUUUCUCCAGCAUGGACAACCCUGAUGACAAAGGAGUCAUAGGUUCCCUGUGGUCACUGGCGGGGGCGGCACUGUAUGCUGUCUACAUUGUCAUGAUCAAAAGACGAGUGGAUCGGGAGGAUAAGCUUGACAUCCCCAUGUUCUUUGGGUUUGUGGGUCUGUUCAACCUGCUGCUGCUGUGGCCGGGCUUCCUCCUGCUCCACUACACGGGCUUCGAGGCCUUCGAGCUUCCCAGCCAGCUGGUGUGGACGUACAUCCUCAUUAACGGCCUCAUUGGAACCGUUCUCUCAGAGUUCCUCUGGCUCUGGGGUUGCUUCCUCACAUCAUCUCUAAUCGGGACUCUGGCACUGAGCCUCACCAUCCCGCUCUCUAUAAUGGCAGAUAUCUGCAUGCAGAAGGUGCGUUUCUCGUGGCUGUUUUUCGUCGGGGCAGUCCCCGUCUUCCUCUCUUUCUUCAUCGCCACACUCCUAUGCCACUACAACAACUGGGACCCUGUCCUGGUGGGGCUGAGGAGAGUAUACGUCUUCAUCUGCAGGAAGCAUCGCAUUCAGAGACUGCCAGAGGACAGCGAGCAGUGUGAAAGCCUUAUCCCUCUGCACACCGUCUCCCCCAGCGAAGGAAGCUUCUCCUCAUGAUCUAGCAGUCACACACAAAGUGGUGAAUAAGGAUCCAGAUAAGCUGACAAUCUGGAAGCUUUCAGAGACAUUGAACUACCCCAGUGCCUCCUAUUAAAUCUAUUUAUUUUCUACAGUGUUGAGAUGACACAUCCAUUUCUACAGGCUCACUUUUAUUUUCACAUUCCAGUCAUCACAGACUGACAUUCUGUUUUUACUUUUUGUUGUUCGUGUUUUCUGUGUAAAAAAGAAAAACCGUAAGGUUCUCAAGGUGCUGGACAUUAUCAGUGAUUACUAUAGUGUCGUGACCAAAUGAAGCGGUACAUGUUGAACUUGAUCAUAACACUAACAGAGGCAGAGUACCUGUGCGUUUUCUUUAAAAGUCUAAAUUUAAUCGAUUCCCGAAAUAUUUUUCAGGACUAAAAUAGUUCUGAACAUCAUGCUCGUCUCUACAGCUUUUAAAGCCUUUCUGUUUGUUUUUAAGUUUGUGUGUAAAGCAAAUGAUAAUCUGUCAGACGUAUGUGAAAAGUUUGUUUUUGAUUUGGUUGCCUUUCACAGAGAAAGCCUGUUUUUCCAUAAAUCUGCCAUGUGACACACUUCAAAUGAGUCAACCAAUAUGACUGCAUUGUUUUCAGGAUGUGUAAGGUGGUAGAAGUGAUGAGUACAUGUUCCCCGGCCUCUACAGCUUUGGCAAUGAAAGAACCAUUCAGAGUGAUCUCUGAAUGCAUUGUGAGAUGUUUUCCACUUUCUUUAGACCGCCAGGUGAUACUAACUCUGUCCUGAUAGUAUUCAAUAUUUAAAGGGGCAGUUCAUCCAAAAACCAAAAACACAGUUUUUCACUUACCUGUAGUGUUAUUUAUUAGUCUAGAU